AUGGGUGUCAUUCCGGCAGAUUUAGGAAACUUAAGCAAUUUGCUAUCUCUAAACUUGGCUGCGAAUCAACUUAGUGGACCAAUUCCACCAACAAUUGGGAAAAUGAAACAACUGCAGAGAAUAGAUCUUAGUGGCAAUCAAUUGAUAGGUUCUAUCCCUAAUGACCUUUGCCAAAUGAAUCAUUUGGGGGAGUUGAGCCUUGAUGGAAACAUGCUUGUAGGUCCAAUACCUGAAUGUUUGGGUGAUGUUAAAUCCUUGAGAAAGAUUUUCUUAGAUUCCAACCAAUUGAAUUCAACCAUCCCUUCCAACUUCUGGAAUCUUACUGACCUCUUGGAUUUGAGCUUGUCAUUAAAUCAUUUGAGCGGUCAAUUGUCAUCUCAGCUUGGAAAUCUAAAUGGCUCCAUUCCUCAAUCCUUGGGAAAGGUUAAGGAUUUGAUUACAUUGGAUUUUUCUUGCAAUAAUCUCACUGGAUCAAUACCCAAGUCCUUGGAAAAUCUCCUCAUGCCUGAAAAUUUUAAUGUUUCCAACAACAAAUUGGAGAGGAAAAUUCCGGAUGGUGGUCGGUUUCCUAACUUUAGUGCUUCGUCAUUUUCUAACAACUUAGCUCUUUGUAGUCCAAGAAAAUUCCAGUUUCCACCCUGCCCAGAAAAUCAUCAUAGAUCAUGGUUAAAGAAACUUAUGGUGUCAUCGAUGAUUUUAGCGGUCAUUGUGGUGAUUGUGAUGCUUGUUCUCAUCUGGAUGCAUAAGAAGAAAAAAAUAGCUCUCUCCACUGAUAUUUCACUACCAACGCUUGAGUGCAGAAGAAUUUCUUACAUUGAACUUGAAUGA